CUGCUGCCGCUUCUCAAUCCUGAUGAGUGGGGACGAGGGGCAAAGGGAGAGGGAGAGAGGGACAGAAUUUAUUUUUACAAUGACAGGUAGAAAAGAACAGGUGGCUAGCAGAUUUCUGGGCAUAAAUCAGGUUCAGCAGAAAGUGACCCAGCGGACCCAGGGCAUCUGGAGCCUGAACCCAGCCCACCCAGGGACCCCCCUGGCUUUCUCCUGGUCCUGUCCCCCGACCUUGGGCCUGUGGAGACACAGCAGGAGUGGGGGACCAGGACAACUGGUCACCCAUUGGGCACUCAGCAGGCCAGUGCGGAGGGGUGGGAGGGGGUGAAGACCACCCCUCCCAGCCUGGCCCUCAGCACCUCCCCUCGCCCAUGGCACCACCUCCAGGAAGCCCUCCUGGAAUGCCUGGACCACCAGUCACUGCCUCCUGCCCUUGCAUCAUUGCUUGGGGUUUGGGGCGGUGCCUCGAGCUGGUGGCACGCAGUUGAAUGCUUCAGACAGGAAGAGUCUCAGCCAGCCGUGAGAGAGGGCCCUGCCUUUCCCUUGUCUCUGGGUCUGUGGUGGGCAGGGAGGCAGUGAGCAUGGCCGCAGAGCUCCCACUGCUCUCUGUCCUCCUCACACUCACCUGUACCCUGCUCAGGGCUCCCGCCACCCAAGAGCUGUGGCAGUUCCCCCCCUACACCGUUGCCCCAGAGGGGGGCUCCAUCAACAUCACCUGCUCCACCAGCCGGCCCCUGUCCGGGGUCUACCUGAAGCAAAGGUGGCCGAAGCCCACGAGUGUGAUUUACUACGAAGACAAGAAGCAGCCCACCGUAGAUGAGCACUUCCGAGGUCGUAUCGGCUUCUCCGGGCUGCAGCACAACCUGACCAUCACCCUGAGCCACCUGCGGCUGUCUGACGCUGGCGCUUACGCCUGCCAGGCGGUCAUGGACGACGUGGUCUGGGGCCCUGGCACCUUGGUGGUGGUGACAGACAAGGUGUCCCAAGAGGUAGACUCGUGCCAAAAGGUUCAGCUGGCCUCUGCCCUCCCUGUGGUCCUGGCUGUGAGCUGCUUCUUCCUCGGGCUGGGGAUAGGGACGGUGUGUGUGCUGAGGAAGACACAGGUCAAGAAACUGUGCUGCACGAAGGAUAAGAACUCAGCAUGUGUGGUGUACGAGGACAUGUCCUAUAGAAGCCAAAACAGGAUGUCUACCCCCAAUGAGUACCAGUGAGCCCGGCAGCCCCCCCCCGCCAGGUCUCCCUCUGCCCCCUCACAGCUCAAAGAGGACUGCCUGACCCAGUGAGGUCACACAGGCAGCUCCCUGCAGCCAUCAGGCCCCUGGCAUCCCGGCGCCUCCUCCAGGAAGCCUUCCUUGCCUACCUCCUGCCUUCCAGGCUGCCCUGCCUGGCGGUUCUGGCACCCUGGGCCCACCAAGGAGAAAGCCUCUGUGUACUGCUGCUUGCUGCCCUUCCCCUCACAUGGCAGGAGGGGCUUCUGUAUGGAUGGAUUUGGGCUCAGGGCCUGGUGGAGGGGCAAGAGGGAGGGGAAGCCCAGUCCCCAACCCAGGCUGGCCAGAAAUAAAGUGCUUCUCUUCUCCGCUUUC